AUGGCAGAGAAUAAUCUUACUGGCAGUAUACCAGUUGAACUUGGAAACUUAACUCGACUAGAUGUUCUUGAUCUUUCUUCAAAUAAUCUAGUUGGGAAGAUUCCAAAAGAAUUCAGAAAUUUAAAUUCUCUGGAGCAUCUAAUUUUGAAUGGCAAUCAAAUUUCUGGUGGUAUACCUCUGGAAAUUGGAUUAAUCACCGGAAUCAAGAGUCUUGAUUUGUCUACAAACAGGUUGAGCAAAUCAAUCCCUAGAAGUCUAGGGAACUUGUUGCAAAUGCACAGCUUGAAUUUGAGCAACAACCACUUUACCCAAGAAAUUCCACCUCAGUUGGGGAAGCUAAUUCGGCUGACAGAGUUAGAUUUGAGUCAUAACUUCCUCAGCGGAAAGAUACCCUCUGAAAUCUGUGAUUUAGAGGACUUGCAAAAUCUUAAUUUCUCCCAUAAUAAACUCUCUGGGUUCAUUCCAAGAGAAUUUGAGAAGAUGCACCUGGUGAAUAUUGACAUAUCUGACAAUCAGUUGCAAGGUCCAAUUCCCAACACAACAGCAUUUCGAGAUGCUACCAUCGAAGAACUACGAGGGAACAAAGAUUUGUGUGGGGCUCUUGUUCUUUCUCUUGUGGUGAUCUGUAUACUCUUUAGUUCCAGAAAAACAAAGAGAGACUCACAAGAUAAAGAAAGUGGGAUGAACAAUGAAGAAUUUCUCUCGAUAUCAACUUUUAAAGGAAGAAAGAUGUAUGAAAAAAUCAUAGCAGCAACCAAGGAUUUUGAUGCCAAUCACUUCAUUGGGAAAGGUGGUUAUGGAAGUGUUUACAAAGCUGAGUUAUCACCAGGGAAUAUUGUAGCAGUUAAGAAAAUCCACUCUACGUAUACAGGUGAUAUAGCUAAUCAAAAAGAUUUCCUGAGUGAAAUAAGGGUAUUGACAGAGAUAAAGCAUCGAAAUAUCGUGAAAUUUUUUGGCUUUUGUUCACAUUCUCGACACUCAUUCUUAGUCUACGAGUAUCUUGAGAGGGGUAGCUUGGCUGCAAUUCUAAGCAACGAAGCAGGAGCAGUAGUGUUGGAUUGGGGUAAGAGAGUUAAUGUCAUAAAAGGUGUGGCUCAUGCCAUGUCUUACAUGCACCAUGAUUGCUUCCCACCAAUUGUCCAUCGCGACAUAUCAAGCAAGAACGUGCUGCUAGAUAUGGAAUAUGUAGCUCAUGUCUCAGAUUUUGGAACUGCUAAGCUUCUGAAGCCAGACUCAUCUAAUUGGACUCAACUUGCAGGCACAUAUGGCUACGUUGCACCAGAGCUUGCUUACACAAUGAAGGUGACUGAGAAAUGUGAUGUGUAUAGCUUUGGGGUGUUGGCAUUGGAAGUCAUCCUAGGGAAGCAUCCCGGAGAUGCUCUCGCCUCUUUUUCAGGUUCAUUUGCAAACAUGAACAUAGAGCUUGAUGAUAUGUUGGAUCCAAGGCUUCCAUUUCCCUCCCUGGAAGUUCAGAACAAUUUGAUUUCCAUCAUGGAUUUGGCCUUUUUAUGCUUAGAUGCAAGUCCACAGUCUAGACCGACCAUGCAGAUUGUGUCUCAUCUUUUGUGCAACUAA